AUGAACGCCAACACAGAAUCCUAUCGUUUGUGGAGAAUUAGACGGACCGUGUUGCAAAUGUUGGAAGAUCGUGGGUACAUGGUCAUGCCUGAUGAGAAGAAUGCCGAUAUUUCAGAAUUUGAAUCAAAAUUCUGUAAUGCUCCAGUAAAUGUUGGGCAAUCGGGACAAGCUCGCGGUUAUUCUUCGGUAUCCAGAGAAAAAUUAACUAUUGUUACAUCAAUGACUGAUGAUCCUUCCGAAAUGAUUUUUGUUUUCUUCCCUCCAGAAAAAGCGAUAGGUAUGAAGCAAAUCAAGGAUAUCCACUCAAAAAUGAAAGAAAACAACGUAAAGAGAGCUAUCCUUGUGUUGAGACCUGCUGACUCAUUCCAACACAAAGAUCUAAGUUCACAAGCUAAAAAAGCUAUUGAAGCUAUUCAAUCAAUCGGAUAUAUUUUGGAAACCUUCAAAGAAAACGAACUUUUGGUAAAUAUUACGGAACAUGUGCUCGUUCCAAAGCACGUUCCACUCAACAGCUCUCAAAAAGAUGACUUGCUGGCAAGAUACAAACUGAAAGAGACUCAAUUACCUAGAAUUAAGAUUACAGAUCCAAUUGCCAGGUACUAUGGUCUUCAAAGAGGACAAAUUGUGAAGAUUAUUCGUGCCUCAGAAACUGCAGGAAGAUAUGUUACCUAUCGUUAUGUUGUUUAA